CGGCCGCAGCCUCCUUCCUCGUCGGCCUGCCCUUGGUCUUUGCCAAAUUCCCACUACCCUGCCCGCACUGCCCGAAUCCUUCCCUUUCCUCUGCCCGUCCUGCCCCGACACCCCCGCCCCUCUUCACACUCUUCCUACUUCCUUCUCUGCUCCCCCGUUCCGCUCCUCCCAUGCUCGCCGGAGGCCGCGCGCAGCGGCUUCCAUUGCCGCGCUGAGGACCGAUGGGGUGCUGAAGGUGCUUUCCGUCGGUCGGUGCGCGGGUGGGUUGGAUAGGAGAUGGGGAAGGAGGGGAAGCAGGACAUGAGGCGGCGGAGGGGGAAGGAGUCGGCAAUGGAGGAGGAGGAAGCGGCUCCGCCCACGGGGUGCUGGAUCCGGCUACCCCGGCUGGGCAGCGGAUGCAUGUCCUCGGGCUCCAAGGUCGACUCCUCCGCCAGCGGCGCCUGCGGGAACGGCGCUGAGAGCAAAAAAGUAAAUCAUAUUCAUCGGGGUCAAUCAGCUCCACCAGCCGCAUCUGGUUCAACAACAUCCAGUAACACCGGAAGUAUUUCGCCUUCUUCAAUAGUUGGAGAAGAAUUUAAACUAGCUGCCCAACUGCGUAGAUUUACUUUCAACGAACUUAAGUGCGCCACUAGAAACUUUCGACCUGAGAGUCUCCUUGGCGAGGGAGGUUUUGGUUGUGUCUUCAAAGGUUGGAUUGAAGAGAAUGGAACUGCUCCAAUGAAACCCGGUACAGGACUAACUGUUGCUGUAAAGACACUCAACCAUGAUGGGCUUCAGGGGCAUAAAGAGUGGGUGGCAGAAGUUGAUUUUCUUGGAAACCUUCAACAUCCACACCUAGUGAAAUUGGUUGGUUACUGCAUUGAAGAUGACCAGCGGUUGCUAGUAUAUGAAUUUAUGCCUCGUGGAAGUUUGGAGAACCAUCUGUUUAGGAGGUCGUUUCCUCUCCCAUGGGCCAUCAGAAUGAAAAUUGCACUGGGUGCUGCAAAAGGCCUUGCGUUUCUUCAUGAAGAAGCCGAAAGGCCAGUGAUAUAUCGGGAUUUCAAAACUUCCAAUAUUCUCUUGGAUGCGGAGUACAACGCAAAACUCUCUGACUUUGGACUUGCUAAAGAUGGCCCUGAGGGUGAUAAGACACAUGUAUCUACUCGAGUCAUGGGAACAUACGGAUACGCAGCUCCUGAGUAUGUAAUGACAGGCCACCUGACAUCGAAGAGCGAUGUAUACAGCUUUGGAGUGGUGCUACUAGAGAUGAUGUCGGGCAGAAGGUCAAUGGACAAGAACAGACCAAACGGGGAGCACAAUCUGGUCGAAUGGGCACGCCCUUAUCUUGGAGAAAGACGGCGUUUCUAUAGGCUUGUAGACCCCCGUCUGGAGGGAAACUUCUCCAUCAAAGGCGCUCAGAAAACAGCCCAGCUGGCCCAUGCUUGCCUUAGCCGGGAUCCCAAGGCUCGGCCUCUCAUGAGCCAGGUGGUGGAAGUCCUCAAGCCUCUUCCAAACAUGAAAGACAUGGCGAGUUCCUCCUACUUCUUCCAGUCCAUGCGGCAAGAGCGUGCAGCAAGCCUUGGCAACUCAAAUGGUAGCCAGAGCAUGAAGGCACAGAGCACCUUUGCGCGGAACGGUGUGCAGCCAAUGAGGAGCCUCUCCUAUGGUCCGCAUGCUUCCCCAUUUCGCCAGUCUCCAAGGCCCAACGGGAAGCAGUCAUGAGACUCAAGGAUGAUUAGAAUUCCGCAGAUACUCUGCGAUAUGAAGAUUUUCUUCUGUCGCUUAGCUCUUAGCUCCUUGUGUAUCUACAACUCUGGCAACCUUGACUUGGGUGGGGGAACGAGACAAGGUUUUGUUUGUCAUUUGAACAAUGCUGAGAUAGAUGCUUAGAAAUUCCCCUUC